AUGGCUUCGAGACUCGCAGCGUGUGAAGCCUGCCGAAAAGCAAAAGUCGCCUGUGAUCAUAAGCGACCGGCAUGUACUCGGUGUACAAGUAAUGAUAGAGCUGGAAUCUGCAUUUACCGAACCACCCCCUUUAAGAGAAGAAGAGUAGAGAGCUCUACAUCUUCACAGUCUCCCAGUCGGCUACCCCCAGCUCAACCAUCCUUUACUCCAAGGAAUAACCCCUAUCCAAACCCCGGCUUUCUAGGAUCCUCUAGCCAUGUCGCUAUCUUCAACGAAAUUUCCCCGCAAGACUAUCAUGCAUCGGGUACCUACCAUCCUUCCGAGGACAUGACGAUGCUGAUGCAGUCACAGUCUACCGGCGAGAAUAUCUUGCUAAUACAAGGCGCGGAUAUUCUCAGACAGCUGUUAAACACAUUUCCACUAGCCGCCAUGAAGGACUUUGUUACUUUUUGGCUGGCAACGGGGGCGAAUCUAGCUCUGGCAGAGCAUUUUACGGAGAAGUGUACUGAAAACAUGACGCAUCUAUUCACGUCCUUCUCAGAAGAAGACAAUUGGCAUCUGGCAUAUGCUCAGCGUCUAACACAAAAUUCCCGGGAACCUUUGCUGUUUAGUAGCACAUCCGAUACAGAAUCUUUCUCUGCUCAGUUCCUCGACCAGAAAUUCCGCUGGGAAAGUUUAGGUAUCUUUCUCUCUGCUGUGACCCGAGCCUCAAUCGAUAUAUCAUUUUUUCCGCCAUUGUUCAAAACUGAAAAGGACCAGUUUAUGCUUCGGAAGCUAUCUACAAAGCUCAGUGAUUUUGCGUUAGAUAUUGCGCUCUCGCUGGAUUGUUUGAAUGACCUUCAGCUGGUUCUGCAGUAUGAGAACUUUAUUGUACACACCCAUGUUGAUGGGGACCAAAGCUAUCAUUCGUGGAGUAGACUUGGCGAUGUUGUCUCGUCCAUGUUUGCACUUGGUUACCAUGAGAAUGUCGAAAAGACCAAGCCACCGAUUCCGACCUUUCUUGCGGAAUUGCGAAAGACCGCAUGGGCCACCACAUACUCAGCAGACAAGAACGUAGCUAUAUUCCUUGGUCGGCCACCUCGGAUGAGCAAACGGUUCUGUCAUUUCCAACUGCCUUUAACCCCGACAAGCUCGGAUCAGGUUUCGAACACUUCACACGUUGAAGACGAGGUCGUCAGAUGGAAAGCGGAUACACCGGUCUGUUAUAGGUCAGGUAUUCGGUGGGCGACCCUUUGCGCCGCACUGAAAGAAGAUGUCCUCGAAUUGCUCCGAUCUAAGCAACACGUAAAUUUCAAUCACAAAGCUAGUAUGAUCCGGCAAAAAGCUGAAACUCAAUGGGCAAACCUACCCCCUCGCUUUCGACUUUCAACCACUCUGAAAGAAUGCUCUGGGGAUUCAUUCGAGCGUGCUUUUCUGGCUAGCAUACGCCUGGACCAAUUACAUGUUCUCUUUCUACUUCAAUUGUUGUUUCUCGAUACCCUGACCGAGCCCGAUCCAUCUAUACUCGACAUCUCGGAUCAAAUGCUCGCUCUAGUGGUGGAAACAAUUCUUUUACGAGAUCAACUGGUCAACUCUGGAACGGGACUUGUUUGGAAGAUCGCCCACUAUGGCCUCCCAGCAGCAGGGAUUAUCCUCCUUUCAAUGCUGAAACAACACCGCACAUUAACCGAGGGAAGAUCCUCCUGGUCCAAGACAAUACUCAAUCUCGGUAUCUUUGUUGCGCAGGUUCAGGUGGGGAGCAUUGUUCGACGUGGAGAUCCAAACUACGCCUUGAUAUCCAAAGCCACCCAAACGAUUGAGAGAUUCCUUGAUUCUAUACACCGUGAAGGGAUACACACCCCGGCACAGCUGCCAUCACAUCCGGGGGAGAACGGUGAUUGGGCUGCAUUUUUCAGCCAGGAUCUGUGUGAUUUCGAGACUGACUUUUGGGAGAACCUUGCAUACCAUCCCUCUUUGUUGGCUUCGGACCAUAGUUUGCCUCCAAUAUAG